AUGGGUGAUUACUGCAGUGAGCGCUGUCCAGUAAAUUUCUACGGUCCAAGAUGCAGCCUAGAAUGUCCGGCUUGCAGUAAUGGUGGUUCAUGUGAUCCAGUUAAAGGGCAAUGCGACUGCUCGCCCGGCUGGACUGGACCAACUUGUGAUGAGAAAUGUAGUUCGGGGUGGUAUGGAAAAGACUGCGCUCUUGAUUGCAGGAGCUGCACCUUGGAUGAUGGUCAAUGUCAUCAUAUAACAGGUGAAUGUGAGUGUGCACUGCCAUAUGGAGGACCAUCCUGUAGAGAGAUCUGUCAUGAUGGCGGUAAUGUACAAUGUGGCUGGUUCCCAGACUGUUGCCGCAAUGGAGCUACGUGUAACCAAACUGGCAGAGAGAGUAAAUGCAAAUGUCCGCCUGGCUACAUGGGGAAAUUUUGUGAAACACGCUGUACAGGUUUUUGGGGAGAUGGAUGCCAUCAUAGGUGCUUAUGUAAUAAUAAUGCAACGUGUGAUCCAACAACAGGGGAGUGUGAAUGCACUCCUGGUUGGUCUGGCAAAUACUGUCAAGAAAGUUUAAAGCCAGCGAUUGACUCUUUAAAAUGUCCAGUCAAUUGCAGUAAGGAUUAUGGUUGUGACCAAGAUGGACAUUGCAUAUGUCCAUCAAAUAUGACAUGGAAUGAAGACACGUCGUCCUGCCUCCG